CUUUACUGACUCAACUGUGGUUUUUAACCGUUAUAACUUUAUCUGGAUCUAACAGUCAAAAAACAUCCUCAUAUUCUACAUGUUCCUGUUAAAAACCCCAGAAAAUGGAGGAUAAAAGGAAGUUAAAGUUAAACACCUGCUGACGAAGAGCAGCCGCAACCUGCAGACGCUGAAGAGACGAGUUUAUCAGUUUCAGUAGUUUGAGCUGAGGAAACGUCAGACCGGAGGAUGAAGAGACGGAGAGACUCGCAGUCGUCCGGAGAUCCAGCCGGCAGCUCCAGCUCCAGCUCCAGCUCCAGCUCCAGCGAUCUUCCUGACAGAUCUCAGAGUGACGACGACUUUCCCAAACCAAGCGGAGUCUCAGUGAAAAGUGAAGCUUCUAUGGGAGCACCGCUCACCUUUGGGAAGAACAAACUACGAUCUCAGAGUGACGACCACUUUCCCAAACCAAGCGGAGUCUCAGUGAAAAGUGAAGCUUCUAUGGGAGCACCGCUCACCUUUAGGGAGAACAAACUACGAUCUCAGAGUGACGACCACUUUCCCAAACCAAGCGGAGUCUCAGUGAAAAGUGAAGCUUCCAUGGGAGCACCGCUCACCUUUGGGGAGAAGAAACUACGCGACCCGGCUCUCUGUUCGGGGUGUAAAGAGUCUUUAACGGAUCCGGUCCAGCUCAGUUGUGGACACUCGUCGUGCAAAGAGUGUUUACCGUUGGACGCUGCAUGUCCAAAGUGUGGAAAGAAACCCAAAAAUAUUCCUUACGAUGACCGUCUUGGGGAAGCAAAGAAGAAACUUAAAAAAGCCACGCAGAAGAAAUACACCUGGACACAGGAAGGCAACGGUGAUCCGCAGACUUCCCUGGAAAGCAUCUACACCUCCGUCCACAUCACGGCCGGGGAGAGCGAGGAACUGUCGGGGGAACACGAGUCCAGACACCUUCAGCCCAAGCUGAGCCCGCAGGCGUGUGAUGAGACCAUCAACAUCGGAGACAUGUUCACGUCCGGCCGGGAGGAACCCCGCCGGACCGUCCUGACCAAGGGCAUCGCCGGCAUCGGGAAAUCCUUCUCCGUGCAGAAGUUCCUCCUGGACUGGGCCCAGGACAAGCACAACCAGGACGCUGAUCUGGUUUUCUGUCUGUCUUUCCGGGAGCUGAGUUUGAUUGGAGGGGAGAGAAGCCUCCAACAGCUCCUGGUGGAGCUGCAUCCCUCCGUCCGCCAGCUGAAGGAGGAGGAUUACACCCACGCCAAGGUGAUCGUGAUCCUGGACGGGCUGGACGAGAGCAGACUCCAGCUGGACUUCAAGAACACCAAGGUUGUAACGUCUGCCAGCGCUGUGACGUCGGUGUCUGACCUGCUGGUGAACCUGAUCCAGGGAAACCUCCUCCCCGGAUCAAACCUCUGGAUAACGUCCCGCCCGGCGGCCGCGCUGCAGAUCGCCGCCGAGCUCGUCCACAUGGUGACGGAGAUACGAGGCUUCAACGACCCGCAGAAGGAUGAAUACUUCAGGAAGAGGUUCGUCCAGGACCCGGAUCUGGCCCAGCGGGUCACGACACACGUCCGGUCCUCCCCCACCCUGGACAUCAUGUGCCAGAUCCCCAUCUUCUGCUGGAUCUCCGCCACCUUGUUCAAAGAGGUUUUUGGAGGAGAGGAGGAAACGGAGAUCCCCCAAACGCUCACGGAGAUGAUGGCGUACUUCCUGUUCGCCCAGACCAAACGCAGGAGCAGGAAGUACGACAGGAAGACGGAGAAGAACAAAGAGAAGCUUCUGAAGACGCACAGAGAGUUUCUCCUGAAACUGGGGAAACUGGCCUUCGUCCAGCUCCAGGAGAACAAGCUGAUCUUCUACCAGGAAGACCUGGAGGAGUGCGGCGUGGACGUGAGCGAAGCUUCCAUCUACUCCGGAUUCUGCAACACCGUUCUGAGGGAGGAACAAGUCCUCUCCCAGAAAAAGGUCUUCUUCUUCGUGCACCUCACCGUGCAGGAGUUCUUCGCAGCCCUCUACGUCUACGAAUGUUUCACCACCAAAGACACCAAAGAGCUCCGCGGUUUCCUCAACCUGCAGGAGGAACAACACGCCCUGCUGGAUCUGCUCAAGAUGACCGUGGACAAAGUGAUGGAGAAGAAAAACGGCCACUUGGACUUCUUCCUGCGCUUCCUCCUGGGCCUGAUGGUGGAGCCCAACCGGAGAGUCCUGCAGGGCCUGCUGACGCCGCAGGACCCGGCCGAGGACGCCGGCAGGAAGAUGUCCACCUACCUGGGCUCCAUUCGGGGGAAGAACCGGUCUCCGGACAGCUGCAUCAACCUGUUCCAGAGCCUGGUGGAGAUGAGGGACCACAGGGUCAAGGAUGAGAUCCAGGAGUAUCUGAGAGAGGGGGGUCUGGAGAGACGGCUGACUCCCCUGCACUGCUCGGCGCUGGCCUACGUGCUGCUGGUCUCCAAAGACGAGCUGGAAGUGCUGGAUCUAAGGAGUUACAAGGCCUCGGAGGAGGGCAGGAGGAGGCUGAUCCCCGCCGUGAGGAGCAGCAGGAAAGCCCUGCUGAGAGACUGCAGAGUGACGGCAGAGUGGGUCAAACAUCUGGCCUUCGGUCUCAAGUUCCCCUUCUCCCCUCUGCGACAUCUGGACCUGAGCGACAACGACCUGGGAGACUCGGGGGUGAAGGAGCUGUGUGGCGGCCUGGCCAACCAGAGCUGCAGGCUGGAGACGCUGAGCCUGUCUGGGUGUCAGGUCACAGCAGAAGGCUGCAGGGACCUGGUCUCAGCUCUGACCUCCAACCCCUCCCACCUGACGGAGCUGGACCUGAGCUACAACCAUCCAGGAGACUCUGGGGUGAAGAUGCUCUCCGAGCUGGUGGAGGACCAGCGAUACCGGCUCAGAAAACUCAGGACCCAACAAGGUGGAAGUCAUCGGUUGAAACCAGGAUUAAAGAAAUACGCCUGCCAGCUCUCUCUGGACCCCAGCACGGCUCACGGGGGGCUGGUCCUGUCGGAGGAGAACACCCGGGUGUCGUGGGGGGGGGACCAGGCCCCCCAGCAGCCGGACCGGCCCCUGCCCCCCCCGGUGCUGUGUGAGCAGCCCCUCCGCGGCCGCUGCUACUUCGAGGUGGAGAAGGCCGAGCCCUUCAGUGUGGGGGUGACCUACCGGGGCCCUGGGGGGGCCAGGGCCCCCGGCCAGCUGGGCCACACCCAGGAGUCGUGGAGCCUGAGCUGCUCCGGGAGCGGCUGCCACGCCCACCACGGGGGGGAGGGCGUCUGCGUGUCGUCGCUGUGCCUACGCUGCAGCCGGCUGGGGGUUUACCUGGACUGGGAGGGGGGACACCUGUCCUUCUACCGGGUCUCCUCUGGGGACUCCCCCACCCUGCUGCACACCUUCACCCACACCUUCACCCAGGACCUGUACGCCGCCCUGGAGCUGCAGCCCAACACCCAGGCCCGGCUCUGCAGCAUCACCUGAUCACCAGGGGCCUCAUUUAUAAUAGAGUGUGUAGGAUUCAGACUAAAAGUGCACGUAAACCAAAAAGCAGAAACUGGCGGGCGCAAAAAAUCCGGAUUUAUAAAACCGCGUGCACGCACACUUGCACGCAAUGUUCUCUUUAUAAAUCACAGUCCAGCUGGAAGGUUGCGCAGGUGAAUUUGCCUCAUAUCCCGCCCUCUACACGCCCACUUCUACCAUAAAUGGGCAAUGCAAAGUAGUUCAUGACUGUAUUUGCAUAUGAAUGAUCCUGCUGAGCAUGCACAGUGGCUUCCUGUAGCCUGUUGAUGAAUGAGACGUGUCGAGCCACCGUGCCACUGAAUUUCACGGCGAUGGAGAUGAAGAUGUUGUGGAUGAGGUGGAGGCAGGAAAACCACAUUAUUUGGUGGUCACAGUAGUGGCAUCAUUAACAAAAAGAAACUGAGUGAGUGGCAGCACAUCGUUGCUGCGCUAAACGCCGUGAGUGCCCCGGACAGAUGGUGCAGAAAAAAAAAGAAGUGGUGUGAUUUGAAGGUGGAGGCCAAGAGGAACGGAGCCCCGAAAGGGACACGGAUUCUUUUUAUAUAUAUAUAUGUGUUUUACGUGCGCGCGUGAAACCUUUAAGGUUGAUUUAUGGUUCCGCGUCACACCAACGCAGAGCCUACGGCGUAGGUGCGCGUCGCCGCGUACCCUACGCCGUAUAUCUGGGUCGUUUUAACGCGGAACCAUAAUUUAGGUUUACACGCGCGCGUAAAACUCGUAUAUAAAAAAAAAAAUCUGCGGCAGCAGCAGCCCCAGAGUCCUGGCAGGGACACGAUCAGCGCUAUUAUAAUUAUAGUCUGAUAUGUGAUGACAUUAACAGUAUGACAUGAAUCUGCUUCAUUUCUCCACCUCACCACCUGCGUCGCCAGUUCCCCAGAUCUUCAAAAUGUUCCUACGGGAGGGUCAGGGUUGGAGUAAAGAUACGCAGAUUUUCCCGUUAAGUUUUUUCUUUUUAAAUCCCAACCUUUCCGUAGAAGGCGGCGUGUUCAUCUUUCAAGCCCUGUUUUGUAGCAAGCUUUAGAAAUGAGGCCCGAUCUGUACAUUUCGUACUAAUCCCGAUCCUGUUAAACAAAAGCACGUAAAGUCUUCUCCUUCUGCUGCUGCAGGGCGGCUAGCAGCGCGGCUAGCAGCGCGGCUAGCAACGGUUCAUGACUAAGGUCAACGUUGCCUUUAAAACCUGGACAUCAGUCGGACUGAGGAUGUAAUUCAUAAACAUACCGAGUGUCAUUUCUUUCAAAGAUGUAAAAGCACCUUAGUACGGAAGCGUGUUGCUUUCACUGGAGAAAAAAAGAAUAUGCUCUGUUUUUUCUGAAUUAACGAGAUAAUUAUCUCAGAAUUCAGAGAAAAGUUUUAAUGAACAAAAAUAAUUCUGCUCUGUUUUUCUGAAUGAUAUGAUAAUGAGUCAAGACUCAGCUGGAGCUGGAGCUGGAGCUGCCGUCGACACAGAUCGUGUUGUGAGACAAACGUCUUUAGUUCAAGUCCCAAAGGUUUGAGGAAUAUUUGUCAUUACUUUGAUAUUCCACUAUUUUUAAAUGUAAACAUUUAACCAGCAUUUUUAUAUCCAUGUAUUUGUGUGUGUUUUCAGAAGACAUGCGUGUUUCCUUCAUACGGAAGAGUAUUAGGGCCAGAUUAAUCUUGAUUAAUUAUGUGGCACUUGAUGUAAAAGAAGUGAUAAAUUGGUCAAUUUAAGAGUCAUAUGUACAUUAGAUGUUACGGCACAUGUUUGUUUUUAGUUUUGUUUUUGCUUCUUGUAUGUUCUACUGCCCUUAUUUUUUAACAACAUGUGUUUUUUAUUAUUUUACCUCUUUUCUUAUGUAAUAUUUUAUUUCAUUUUAUUUGUUAUUAAAGCGUACUCUUAAAUUAAAUACUCGUGAUUUUUGAAAACCACGCAAAGUUAUGGAUAAGCCCUGAAUGCAGGUAUUGUGACGUAGAAUUGUCAAAUUGGUUUAAUUCACCGUACGAAUAGUUACAGAUUACUUUAGUAAUCCUGUAUUUGACCCGGUCUUUGUACGUUUUGACCGAAUAGAAACAUAAUUCUUACCGUUGUAAGAAUGAAAUGAACCUGCUGGAUCUACUGCCCUUACUCUUUAAAAACUUGUGCUUUUUAUUAUUUAACCUCUUUUCUUAUCAUUUCAUUGUAUUUGUUAUUUACUGUUUAAUUGUGUCUUGCCGCUUUUAAUGUUGAUGUAAAGCACUUUGAAUGACCUUGUGUUGAAUUGUGCUAUACAAAUAAACUUGUCUUGCCUGUU